AUGUGUGCCUAUAGCGAUGGCCCACGGGUUGGUGAUAAUUUGAUACGGGGCGGUUCCUACAGUGUCAAAAGAGGCUGUAGGAUGGCCACGGCAAAACACGAUAGAGACGAACAAGAAGGCGACGAUGAGGAUGACGAAGACGAUGAGGAGGGGGAGGGGGGUGAAGAGGAAGUAGUGACAAGACGAAAUCGCAAUUGCAUCGAACCACCCGACAAACCUGUUGCUGGGACUGUCUGUAGCACUGAGGGGGCCUGGAGUAUGUUUGUAGCUGACACGGUUGGUGUCGGGUCGGCGGGGUUGCCUCGAACCUCGACCCACCAGCCAGUCCGACUCUCACGAGAGUUUGUCGAAUCGGAGGCCAGCCGGGACGAAGGCAGCGCCGAGGCUGGGCCAUCGAAUCGCGACCAAUUGCCUGGCCUCCUUGGCGAGCCGAUUUGCCGAUUUGAGGAAGAAGAUGAAGAAAAAGAAGAGGAUGAUGAGGAAGAGGCGGAGGAGGUUGUCUCGCCUGCGGAACAGUUAGUCUCUCGGGCCUAUUGGUCCUGGCAACUUGGGCAACUGGGAAAGUUGGAGCAAAGGAAGCCUAGGCAGGAUCGGGGAUCUGUGCUUUCAGAUCCGAUCAACUGCUGGCCGAACGAUAUCCAA